AUGAGUGUCAGACUGUUUGAUGUGCCUAUUCCCCUCUUCUUUCAGAAGAGCAUGGUGUACUGCCCGCUGGAGCGCGUCCCCGCGCACCGCGCGCUCCACGUGUUCGCCUGCGCCGCGCCGCGCUGCUGGGGAGCCGCCCGCAGCUGGAAGGUGCUGCGCUCCCAGUCCUCGCAGGACCAGGAGAAGGAACCCCGAGAUCUCGGCGUCAAACAGAAAGAAGAAUGGAACUUUUCUGCAAAGGAUUGGUGUGAAGAUGCAGAUGACUGGGGAGCCUGUGAUGGAGCAGAGCCUCCUGCAUGUGCCUCCCUUGAGCUGCUUGGCCUAAAGGAAGCUGUGAGCAGCGAGGUGGAGUUUGCAUCCCAGCUCCAGCAGCUGCACCUGUGUGAGCCUGCCGAUGGCUCGGGUCCCCAGGACACACAUCCUGCAGCCAGGGAGGACAUGGAUGGCCCAGAUGCCCAGGACACACAUCCUGCAGCCAGGGAGGACAUGAAUGGCCCAGGUGCCCAGGACACACAUCCUGCAGCCAGGGAGGACAUGGUGAUGGCAACGGCUGCUUCAGCUCCUGUGUUCCAGCCCUUCUACAUUAAUGUUGUGAAUGAGGAAGACUACAUGGGUUUCCUUGACACACAUCAUGCACAUAAGCUACUGAAGGAGUAUCAGCAGAGAGAGUGUGUUGAUUUGGAACAGAUGAUGUCAGAAAGUUUUGCAGGUGAAGAUGGUAAUGAAAAAUAUGAGAAGAGUGAAGUCAAAAGCUGGGAUCACACAUUCCAUAAAUUCAUGAAAAGAAUAUCUAUCUGUCCUGAACAGAUUCUAAGAUACUCUUGGGGUGGCCAGCCUUUAUUCAUCACAUGUCCUCCAGCCAACCUGGACCAGGAUAUUCCAGCCUGCAGUAACUGUGGAAGCAGCAGAGUGUUUGAGUUCCAGCUGAUGCCCACGCUGGUCAGCAUGCUUCAGAGUGACUCAGAUCUGUCAGUGGAAUUUGGAACUGUUAUAGUUUACACGUGUGAGAGAAGCUGUUGGCCGACCAAUCAUCAAACUCCUCUUGAAGAAUAUAUUUUUGUACAAGAAGACCCAGAUCAGAGAUUAUUUAAAUAAAUUGUAUUUCUCUGCAUAGACGAAAA